AUGCUCGAAUUUCUGGCACUUAGCCGCCAAAAUGUCCUCCAGGUUGCUCAAAUUGAGCAAGCUCAAUCUCCACAGGUCAAUAAUAAGGUGCCCGAGACAUUUGACCCAGUAUUUACCGAGAGUCAAGUUCGUGCCAUGAUGCUCUACCAUCAGGAGUGCAUCUCUUGGAUUCAUAAUGUUGUCCAUCUUCCUACCUUUCGUGAUCAAUGCGAGCAACUAUUUAUGAAUAACACUGAGCUGCAAGGAGGGUGGCUCGCCUUAUACUACGCUAUGCUUUCUGUCACUUUAUACCACUCUGACCCCUCGAUACUACGUGAGCUCGACAUUGAGUCGCCUGGUAAGUUGCUGUCUAUCCGCGAUAUGGGCAUGGGAGUUGACAGUGAACUCCAACCAGCUCAAAUUUCUGAGCUAUGCUACCAGAAAAGUAUCGAUGCCCUGCAGGACGCUGAUUUCAUGAUCAACCAUAGCCUUUGCACGAUUCAGGCAAUAUGCCUUCUCAUCUACGUUGGACACAAUAUAGGGCAGUCUGACAGAAUAUCUGUGCUGCUCUCCUGUGGCAUACGAAUAGCCCAGUGUCUGUGUCUUCAUCGUCAGGGUUCUGAGCCAACGGUAGAGAUAAAGGGCAAAAGAGACACAGAGCAAGCAAUCCAGCAACGGCUAAUUGAUCGUGAAGUGUCCAAGCGAGUGUGGUGGUUUCUCGUUCGGCAGGACUGGCUACAGAUCCCUUUCAACAACACAUACACGAUCCACCCGACGCAAUUCAGUACACCCAUGCCCAUGAAUUGUGAUGAGGAUAUCGCUCGAAUGUUCAAGUCGAACCGUAUCCUCGAAUAUGACCAGGAACACUAUACUCAGGGAAGCUACACAACAGUACUGAAUCAUGGUGAGUAA